ACCGGAGCUUCAGCGCUGGCUGUUCUCCUGCCGCUGCCACCGCUGCUGCUGCUGCUGAAACGGAGUUAGGACACAAGUGACAGGAGGCCAGUGACCCUUUGAAGACAUCUCAAGAUGUUACCUCAACACCUGAAGCAGAUCCGAGUCCUCAUGCUCAAUGACCAGGAGAAUUUGGAGAGGACUCUGUUCAGACUCGAACAAGGUUUUGAGCUUCAGUUCCGCCUGGGUCCGAGUCUUCAGGGCAGAACGGUUCUGGUUCACACCAAUUACCCGCUCGAAGGACACAGUUAUGUGCGAAACACGUUCCGCGUGUUGCCAUGGAAUAACCCGGCGGGGAGGGAGGACGACUCGGAUAAAUUCUGCUCUCUGGACAUCAAAGUAGCCGGGUCCUAUCAGUACUACUUUGGAGUCGGAAACACAGAGCGGUCAGGAGCAGGAUACAUCGUGGUGGAUCCCGUCCUCCGCGUGGGAGCGGAGAACCAUGUGCUGCCGUUGGACUGCAUCACCAUCCAGACCUACCUGUCCAAAUGUCUGGGACCUUUCAACGAGUGGACAGACAGACUGAGAGUCGCCAAAGAGUCAGGAUACAACAUGAUCCACUUCACUCCACUCCAGACGCUCGGCGAGUCAAGGUCCUGUUACUCCCUCGCGGACCAGCUGACCUUCAGCCCGGAGUUCAGCCCCAAGGGUCAGCAGACCUACACCUGGACAGAUGUGGGCGCGCUGGUGGAGAAGAUGAGGAGAGAGUGGAACAUGCUGUGUAUCACAGAUGUGGUUUACAACCACACCGCUGCUAACAGCGUGUGGAUCAGAGAACAUCCAGAAUGCGGUUACAACCUGGUGAACUCUCCACACCUGCGUCCGGCCUGGGUCUUAGACAGAGCUCUGUGGCAUCUAACCACCAGAGUCGCAGAGGGACGCUACGAGGCUAAAGGACUCCCCGCUAACAUCACACAAGAGAGCCACCUGACUGCCAUCCGCAGUGUCCUGUGGGAGGACAUUUAUCCUCAGGUCAAACUGUGGGAGUUCUUCCAGGUCAAAGCGAGCAGUGCAGUGGAGGAGUUCAGAAUUGUGCUACAAAGUGGCAGAAAGCCAGACCAUAAGAAGACUGGAGGGAAGAAGGGCCUUAAGAUCAUCCAAGACCCGCAGUACCGUCGCUAUGGCAACACAGUGGACAUGGACUCUGCCCUGGAGACGUUUGUUCCAAACAGCUCCUCCCCUACGCACAUUGAGGAGUGCUGUGAUUGGCUGAAGGAGAAAAUAGAGGCGCUGAAUGCAGAGCAGUACCACAUUGUGGAGCAGCAUCAGGAGCAGGCGGCCAACUGCACGGUGGGAAACGUAGUGUAUGAGCGUCUGGCCGACCAUGGUCCCAAGCUCGGUCCCGUCACCAAGAAGAACCCUCUGGUUACCAGGUAUUUCACCUUCCCGUUCAAGGACAUGACUCUGGAGCAGGAGCUGCAGCUGCUGGACAAACCUGACAAGAUGUGUCACUUCCUGGCUCACAACGGCUGGGUGAUGGGCGACGAUCCCCUGCGCAACUUUGCCGAGCCAGGUUCUAACGUGUACAUACGCCGCGAGCUAAUCUGCUGGGGCGACAGCGUGAAGCUGCGCUACGGUCAGGGUCCCGAGGACUGUCCGUACCUGUGGGCGCACAUGCAGAAGUACACCGAGAUCACGGCCAAGUAUUUCCACGGAGUCAGACUGGACAACUGCCACUCUACACCUUUACAUGUCGCUGAGUACAUGCUGGGCGUGGCCAGAAACGUGUGUCCUAAACUGUACGUGGUGGCUGAGCUGUUCACCGGCAGCGAGGAGCUGGAUAAUAUCUUCGUUACCAGGCUCGGCAUCACGUCGCUCAUCCGAGAGGCCAUGUCGGCUGGAGACAGCCACGAGGAGGGACGACUCGUCUACCGCUACGGAGGCGAGCCGGUCGGAGCCUUUGUUCAGCCCAGUCUCCGCCCACUCAUGCCAUCUAUCGCCCAUGCCAUGUUCCUCGACGUAACCCAUGACAACGAGUGUCCCAUACAGCUGCGCUCAGCUCUGGACUCUCUGCCCAGCUCUGCCAUCGUCUCCAUGGCCUGCUGUGCGACUGGCUCCACCAGAGGAUAUGAUGAGUUAGUGCCACAUCAGAUCUCUGUGGUGAAGGAGGAGCGUUUCUACCCCAAGUGGAACCCCUCUGCGGUCCCCUCCUCCACCGGUGAGGUCGGGUUUCAGAGCGGCAUCAUCGCCGGGAAGCAGGCUCUCAACAGGCUGCACCAGGAACUGGCAGCAGAGGGAUUCAUACAGGUGUACGUGGACCAGGUGGAUGCGGACAUCGUCGCAGUGACCCGUCACUGUCCCAGCACGCACCAGUCUGUGGUGACCGUGUGCAGAACGGCGUUCUGGGAUCCUAAAACCCACACGUAUAACACCAACAUCCCGCCCAUGUUCAUACCAGGUAAAAUCGAGGAAGUGAUACUGGAAGCGAGGACGGUGGAGAGAGCGGCUGGGAGUUAUGAGAAGGACAAAGACUACAUCAACGGUUUACCAGAGUACACUGUGGAAAUAAAAGAACAUAUACCGUUGCAGGAGAGCGCGGUGGUGAAGCAAGCCGAGGUGACGUCUAAAGGACGAUCAGAGUUUGUGGAGGAAAUCAGCUUUCAGAAGCUGACACCAGGGAGCGUCAUUGCUUUCAGGAUCAGUUUGGAUCCCAAUGCUCAGAAGGUGGUCGGUGUCCUGAGACACUAUCUGUCCCAGUUUAGCCCCAAGUACAGGAGAGGCAGCGUCGUGGAUGAAAAUCCACCAGAGAUUCUCCUGAAGCCUCUGGCACAGCUGAUGUCCAAGCUGACGUUAGCAGACCUGAAUUUCCUGCUGUUUCGCUGCGACUCUGAAGAACAGGAAGACGGCGGAGGCUGUUACUCCAUCCCAGGGUGGGAGAAGCUCAAAUAUGGUGGACUUCAAGGUCUGAUGUCAGUGUUUGCUGAUGUCCGUCCUAACAACGACCUGGGUCACCCUCUGUGCGCUAACCUCAGACAAGGAGACUGGCUCAUAGACUUUGUCUCUAACAGACUGGUUAACAGAGAGGAACCAAUGGCGCAGGUGGGUCAGUGGCUGACGGCCAUGUUUUCUUACUUGAAACACAUCCCACGCUACCUCAUUCCCGCGUACUUUGACGCCAUCGUGGUGUCGAUCUACACCACCGCUCUGGACGCCACCUUCAAACUCAUGUCCAGUUUUGUCCAGAAUGGCUCCACCUUUGUGCGACACCUGGCUCUAGGUUCUGUGCAGAUGUGCGGCGUCGGACGUCUCCCCGCUCUCCCGCCACUCUCUGUGAAGAUGGCGGACGUUCCCUAUCGCGUCAGUCCGACCACGGGCGAGAAGGAGCAGUGCUGCGUCUCACUGGCUGCAGGUCUUCCUCAUUUCUCCUCUGGGAUUUUCCGCUGCUGGGGCAGAGACACUUUCAUCGCUCUCAGAGGACUCAUGCUACUCACUGGGAGACACAUUGAGGCUCGCAACAUCAUCCUGGCCUUCGCGGGGACGCUGCGUCACGGUCUGAUCCCCAACCUGCUGGGCGAGGGUCGCUGUGCCAGAUACAACUGUCGUGACGCUGUGUGGUGGUGGCUGCAGUGCAUCCAGGACUACGUUACCCACGUUCCUCAGGGUCAUGAAAUCCUGCGCUGCCCAGUUACGCGCAUGUACCCGACUGAUGACUGUGAACCCUGCAAACCUGGAGAGGUGGAGCAGCCUCUGCACGAUGUUAUUCAGGAGGCUCUACAGCGACACCUGCAGGGCAUUCUGUACAGAGAGAGAAAUGCUGGACCCAAGAUCGACAGGAACAUGAAAGACGAGGGCUUCACCGUGUUUGUGAAGGUGGAUCCGGACACGGGCUUUGUCAGUGGAGGGAACCGCUUUAACUGCGGCACGUGGAUGGACAAGAUGGGAGAGAGCGACAAGGCCAAGAAUACGGGCAUGCCGGCUACACCCAGAGACGGAGCGGCGGUGGAGAUCGUUGGACUCAGUAAGUCGGCCGUUCGCUGGGUUGUGGAGCUUCGUGCCAAAGGAAUGUUUCCAUAUGAUGGAGCGACAGUACAGAGAGACGGUACAUACACACACACACUUCCUGACGCCAAUCAAUUUCUUGAAUCGAUUCCA